CACGCCGGCGCCGGGCGAACAACCGGGGAGCUCAGAUAAGAUCCGGGCGCGCGAGGCGAGAACCGACUGACGCCGCUGACGGCGUUUCAGCACUGGACAGCUCUCUCCGCGUGUCUCGCGCUCGCAGGCGCGCUCGUGCCAUGUGCGCCGGUAGGAUGAGCAGCUGGUGGAGGGCGCGAGCAGAGAGCGUGGCGAACCCUCCCCGCGACCGCCGCUAGCGCGCCGCCCGAGCCUCGAGAGAUGAGCGUCCCGGAGUUCCUCCUGGAAGUGUCCAUCGUGGCGAUAACUGUCGUCUCGCUGACCACGAACUUGUCGGUGCUGCUGUGCUUCACCCAGAGCUCCGAGCUGAGGUCCCACGUGCCCGGACUCUUCGUCAUAAACCUGUGUUUCUCCAACGUCCUGCUCGCCGGCAUCAACAUGCCCGCCACGUUCCUCGGCGUGGCCAGCGGCGCGAAGCCCUUCGGCGAGCAGUUCUGCCGCGCCGCGAGCUUCUCCGAGACCUUCCUCACCACCAACGCCAUGCUGAGCAUGGCGGCGCUGAGCAUGGACCGCUGGCUGGCGGUGGUGUUUCCGCUCAGCUACUCCAGCAAGAUGCGCUGCCGGGACGCGCUGCUGAUCCUGGCCUACUGCUGGCUGCACGCGCUCGCCUUCGCCCUCACCCAGACGCUGAUGGACUGGGGAGGGUACAGCCACGCGUACGCCUCGUGCACCGUUCGCCCGGGCGAGCGGGGCGGGUCGCGCGCGGCCGGCUACGGGACCUUCACGGUGCUCUUCCACCUCGGCAGCUUCGCGCUCUGCCUCGUCGUCCUGUGCUUCGCCUAUUUGAAAGUUUUGAGAGUGGCCCGGUCCCACUGCAAGAGGAUCGACGUCAUCACCGUGCAGACGCUGCUCCUGCUGGUGGACCUGCACCCGAGUGUGAGGGAGAGGUGUCUGGCUGAGCAGAAGAAGAGGAGGCAGCGCGCCACCAAAAAGAUUUGCAUCUUCAUCGGCUCCUUCGUCUUCUGCUUUUCACCCUACGUUAUAACAAGGUUGGUGGAGCUGCUGCUCUCGGUGCCCAUCCCUCGGUACUGGGGCGUCGCCACCAAGUGUCUGUCCUACGCCAAGGCCUCCAGCGACCCCUUCGUGUACUGUCUGCUGCGGCAGCAGUACCGGAAGGUCCUGGUCGGCGUCAUCGGCCGCGUCCUGGGGAAGGAUCGCUACUCGCUGUCCGCCCACAGCGUCAGCAGCGCGCUGGACACCAUCGACGACACCUGCGCCGCCAGAAUCACCUGAGGUCCGAGUGGUGGCGAUCCGUUUACGAACUAGCAGCACCCGCAUCUAUUCAGGGUCUUUGAGAGCGAUGGGAAAGAGGCAGCGCUUUGCUCCAGAACGCUCCAGCGGAGGGUUUGAAGGCGAGAUUGUUUAGGCCACUGUGCUGCUCAGGGCGGGUGGGCUGUCAAAGACACACGAAUGAUGUAUGGUCAGUGAAGGUGCACUGGCUCUUAUGUGCCAAAGGCCUUUUUAGACUCCACAGACUGUUGUUUCUACAGGGCUUGUCCGUUUGCCUGCUGAGGCAUUGCCAAGGAAAUAGUGUAACACUUUGUUCAUUAUUAUCACCAGUGUAAAUGUAUGAAGUGACUUUAUUCAGUAAAAGCUGAUGACUGUUGCAAAGCUAAUAUUAAAGUGUUAUAUGAGUGCCAUAUUUAUAUGUAUAUUAUAUUAUAUGUAUUGGAUGUAAAUGUGAGGAUUUGUAACAGUGUAAUACAACAGCAAAAAACACAGAUUAAAGAUUUAAGUGCACUGUCUCCAACUGUUCUGGCU